AUGGAUACCGCAAUGCCGGAGCAACCAACUAAACCGGAUGCCGUGGUAAAUCAAGAAGAACUAGAUAAACAAGACGAGAAUGUCGAUGAAAAUGAUAACGAAAAAGACGAGGAAGAAAGACCUAUAAUUGCAUUGCAUUUGAUGCCAAAUAUUGCUUACAAUUUUGAGGAUGCUAAGAAACGUAUUUUGCCGCUUUUUGAAUCGUUGAAUUUAACUAAGGAAGAGAAUAACCUUCGAUUAGCAUUUCGAAUCGAUUUGACAGCCACGAACAUGAUUUCCGCGUUUGGUGCUUUGUUAAAAUAUUUGGAUGCCGUGCGGUUAGGUGUAGAAUUUGAAGAUAUCAAUACGAAAACACCCAUUACAGCUAUCAAGUCGAUCACACUGGAGGAAAUAGUACAGGUAGAUAGCAGCACAAAACGUGCUUUGCAAAUUUUCCAAGAUGAACUGCAUCCAUCAGCUUGCAAAGCAUAUUCGAUUGGUGAUACUCGUGAAGGGAUCAGUUUGUUUCGCAUGUGUAAUCGAUGCCAAUCAAAAAGCGGCGAAGCUUUACUUCGGCGUUGGUUUGAGCGACCAACGACAAAUCGCGAAACAUUGACAAAUCGUGUAACAGCCAUUCAUUAUUUCGCGCAAGAUUGCAAUUUGGAUGCAGCUGAUUUCAUACGAAUAAGACUAAAGAAAAUUUGCAUUUUAAAAGGAAUUCUUAAACGAGUGAAAUCGCAGCGCCUAACACUUAAUGACUGGCGAAAUCUUUAUACGACAUGCAAUGCAGCACAACAAAUUAUGGAUUAUGUUAGAACGCGAGAAAUAAAGCUUACUUUACUUGAUGAUGAAAUGAAAAUGGUUGGCAACGAUAUUGUGCGCAUUACAGCUGUCAUCUUUGAAGUUGUCAAUUUUUCGGAAUCAUUUAUGGAAAAUCGAUUUGUCGUAAAUGCAAAUGUUGAUGAAAAUUUGGAUCAAUUAAAGAAAUUAUAUGCAUCGUUACCAGAAACAUUGACACAUAUUGCAAGAAUGGAAGCUAUAACUUUGAAUGUACCAUCAUCAGUAUGUUACAUACCAAUGUUUGGCUAUUUGUUAGUGGUACCAAAAAAUACGGCAUUUCCGUCAUCUCUUCAGAAUGAGAUUGAAAUUUUGUAUGAGACGGACGAUGCAAUACAUGUAAAAAAUGAACGAAUGCGUCAACUUGAUCGAGAAAUUGGUGAUAUAAAGAUGGAAAUAAUUGAUAUCGAAACAAAUGCAAUGCUGAAAUUGAAACAAUUAAUUUGCCGACAUGAUAAAGCUAUCCGUCAAGCAAUUUAUAUCUGUGCCACAUUGGAUUGCAUCAUUUCACUUGCACUAACAGCUCGUGAAUAUGAUUGGUAUUGUCCACGUUACGUAGAUGAAUCAGUAAUUGACGUAGAUGGUGGAAGACAUGCUAUCAUGGAAUUGCUAUCAAAGAAUAAAUUUAUUCCAAAUCCAAUUCGCUCUGGAGGUGCGCAAACAAAGGUGAAAAUUCUAAUGGGACCAAACGCAUCGGGUAAAAGUAUUUACCUGAAACAGAUUGGAAUUAUCAUAUUUCUUGCGCAUAUUGGAAGCUUUGUGCCAGCGAAAAGUGCCAUCAUCGGGCCAGUAGAUCGUAUCAUCACACGAAUGCAUACCUUAGAUUGUGUCUUGGAUGGAAUGUCAACAUUUGCGACUGAUUUAUCACAGAUAGCUGUGGCAUUGCGACGUGGAACUGGAAAUUCGCUUAUUCUGAUUGACGAAUUUGGUAAAGGAACAGUUAUGGAGGCCGGACUUUCCUUGCUAACAUCGUCAUUGAAUUACUGGAUUCGAAAAGGCAAAACUGACUGCCCGCACGUUUUUGCUGUAUCUCAUUUCCAUUCGCUAAUUGAUCAUAUCGUUAAAGAUGUCAACUUAUUAUCGUUUUUGACGAUGGAUGUAAUAUUAAAUGAUGGAAAUUUCGAUUUUCAAUACAAACUUGUUGAUGGUUUUAUUGACUUUUCAUAUGCCUCACAUAUUGCAUCAAAAGUUGGCAUUGAUGAUGAAAUUAUAGAGCGCGCAAAUCAGGUUUAUGAAUGCUUAAAAUACAAUAAACCCAUCGAUCCUGCCGAUGAUGAUGAUGGAGAAUUACUAUUCAAAAUUGCACCUUUGUUGGAAAAUCUAAAAAAUACCGAUUUUACCACUGAUCUCAAAGGUGGUGAUGUUUUUGUAAAUUUAAGUAAUUUUUAUGAUUAA